AUGUCUGAGACUAUUAUCAUAGUAGGAGCCGGUGUGAUCGGUCUAACAACCGCAUUAUACAUCCAACAACACCUCAGCCCCACACAAUCAAUCCUCUUGGUAGCCAGAGACUUCCCUUCCGACACCUCCGUCAACUAUGCCUCCCCAUGGGCCGGAGCGCAUUAUCGACCAGUACCAGGAUCUUCGCCGCAAGCCCUUCGGGAGGCAAGUCAGGCGCAACGUACAUAUGAGUUCAUGAAGCGAGUCGCCGAUGAACCGGCUGCGGGAGUUAAAUUUCUCCAGGGUGUGGAGCACCUCGAGGCUCCGCCGCAGGACUAUCUAGAUGCGCAGAGCGUGCGUAAUGUGUAUGCCCAUCUGGAUGGGUUCCGACGUUUAUCCAGCAGCGAGGUUCCCGAGGGAGUCAAAUGGGGUGUGGAGUAUGGAACGUAUGUGGUUAACUCGCCGGUUUAUUGUGCGUAUAUGUUGCGCAAGUUUGUGUUGAAAGGUGGAAGUACCAAGCAAUAUGCUCUUGCGAAUAUACAAGAGGCUUUUUCUUUGGCUCCAGCAGUAAGAACUGUGGUUAAUUGCUCGGGGGUUGGCUUUGAGGAUCCGAAAUCGUUUAUUAUCAAAGGACAAACUUGUCUUGUUCGUAAUGCUGUCGAUGCCACAAUCACAAGACAGAACGAGGAUGGCUCUUGGUCAUUCUGUAUUCCCCGUCCCCUCGACGGUGGGACUGUCAUUGGUGGCACUAAGGAGCCAGGAAACUGGGAUCCUAAUCAUUCACCAGAGACACGAGCAAGGCUUCUUGCUAAUGCAAAGAAAUGGUUCCCAUUCACACCUGAAAGUGAUGGCCAGUUUGAUGUCAUUCGUGAUAUCGUUGGAAGACGACCUGCUCGCGAAGGAGGCAUGCGAAUUGAAAUUGAGAAUCUGAGCGGUGAUAGGAAGCUGGUUCAUGCGUAUGGCGCUGGAGGUCGUGGCUUUGAGCUCUCGAGAGGUGUUGCAGAGGACGUUGUAGCUCUGAUGCUGGAAGGUGGCAUUUUGGAAGAUAAGGCGAAGAUUUGA